UUUACAUUUACAUUUAGGCGUUUGGCAGACGCUCUCAGACGUCUCCAGAGCGACUUACAGAAAGUGCUUUAAUGUUUACGUCACUGGAUACACACUUACACUGGGUUAGGUCAAUAGUUCCCUUUUGGGUGGAUAUCUGCUGAGUUUCACCAACACAAGGACUCAGUAAUAAAACACAUACUGCGUGUAAAUCUCUGUAUAAAUGAUGAUGUAGUGGUUAGCAUUGUGGUCUCGCACCUCCAGGGUCUGGGUUCAAUUCCCUCGCUCUGUUUGUGUGGAGUUUGCGUCUUCUCCGCGGUUUCCUUCCAGAGACACACGCUGAGUCCACUGAUGGGUUUCUCCAAAUUGCCCGUAGUGUGUAUGCAUGUGCCUGCUUGCGCGCCGGUAAUGUAUUGGCCCCCCGUCCGGGGUGAGCGGCUCCAGGCCUCCCGCGACCCCGUACAGGAUAAACGCUAUAGAGAACACGCGAGAGACAGCUUUUGUUUGCGUGAACAUUCGUGGUCUAAAAUGCCGAACCAUGAAGUGAUUCCUCUGUGUCGCGGCUCAGAAAACCGGUUGAAGGAAUAAUUGUAACUUUAUUGGAGUUCACAAAUGAAAUCUCCUCACCCACCUUCCUCAUCCUCCUCUUCCUCUUUUCCUUAUUAAAGCUAACAGACUCUCGUGCUUCUCACAACUUCACUCUGCCUGCAGUUCUGCUGCGCUGAACAGUCCCACCUAAAUCUUUUUUUUUCUUGCGAGAUGGAUUGCUUAUGUAACUCUAUUGUGCAAUGCAGCAUGAUUAUACAUUUCACACCCCACCGCCUCUGUUGUGGAGAAAUAGCAGUUGAAACAUUGUUCUUUCUCAAAAUUACUCAAAAAAGGGCGGCCUUAGUUUCAUUUCUCUCUCUCUCUCUCUCUCUCUCUCUUCCAUGUCCUUCUCUCUCACCUCUUGCAUGUUUUCUCACAUUCUCACUGGGUUAUGACAGAACAUCUGCGGUGUGUGAGAACCUUCAGUGUUAUUACAGCGUAACACUCAUGACCUACAGUAUUCCUAUCCACAGCCUCGUAUUAAACACUACAACAGAGUCGACACGCUAAAGCGCAAUCGAACAGAUCAGAGCUGAAAUCACGCUGAAACGAUCAGGACGAUGAGCUCGGGAGCGAUUCCACGCCCAGUGUAAAUCUCUGCUGCUGUCGAUGGCCGUGGAUUUGAGACGUCUGAUGAUGUGAGAUGGGACACCUCUUCCUGACAUCACUGGACUCCUGACUUUCCCGCUGUUGCUAUGCUCUGCUGCUAUUUGGUUGCAGUUUUCUGAAUCAGACUGCACCUCUGUCUGGGUUUGGACCGUGCACCUGAGACACAAGACGCGUCUCCUCCUCUGAUAUACAGCUGCUGUGUUUUUUUAAAGGCAGUGCAGGGAAUUUAUAGUUUUGCCUGUUUAUGUAAUAUUUUGCUCUCUAUCGUUUCACCCCCCCUCUCUCUCGUUCUAUCCCUCUAUCUCUUUCUUUCCUCACGAACUCAGUGAGGAAGCAAGUAGCCCACAUCAUAUCGUCAUGGAAACAGCAUGUGAGUGUUAGCGAGAGGGAGCGAGGAGCGAGAGGGAGGGAGAAGGACGGAGAACAAGUAGGAACUGCGUUAGAAAACAAGCAGAGUCUCCAGAGCCGUCUGAAAGUCUCAAAAAUAUUGGCAUCUCUUGCUAUCUAAUCUCUUGGACCUUCUAGCAACUAUUAAAUAACUACUGAAGAAUAUUUACUGCACCAGACCGACUCUCUCUCUCUGCGCCUGGAUGAUGUAUAAUUAUCACAAUGUCACAAAUGUCCUGAUGGAAUUUAUUUGGCUCUGAUAAUAGGGCAGCUUUGACACAACCGUCUCACAAAGCCGAAGUUGAAUGGAGCACACGACCAUGUUUUGUCCAGCUCAGACCUGGAAAGGCCCAAAUGUUUCGACGUUUUCACCCGAGUGGGAUGAUACGCUGAACUCCUUCCUUUCGGCACCUGACGUGAUUAAACCUCCCCCACAGUUCCAGGAUCCAGAGGAACCAUGCCAGGCCACACCCUCUAACGUCACUGUCAUCAGAAGGAAGGAUAAAGAUUCACUCAGGACAGGCGGCAUGCAAAAGGAGCGCCGGAGCAGACCCGUCAGCGCGAUGGAACACCACAGACGUUCAUUAUCACUUUCCACGGCCAUCACCUCUAACCCAGGUGCGACACGGCGCCGGUGCGAAAGCUACGCCCUGUCGUAUCCCAGCAGCAGCUCUGACGACAGCGGCAGUGACAGCACUUCUGUGAGGAGAAGCGAUCGCCUCCCUGAUGCAGUGCCUCAGCACAAGGCUCGAAGCAUUGUUUUGAGAAAAGCUAAAACAAAACCGGCCCCGCCCACACGGACCGUGUCGCUGCCUAGACUUUCAGCUGUGAUGCCUCCGGAGCGUAGAACACAGAGUCUCUACAUUCCCAAUGAUGCCAUGCUUCUUCCGGACCUCAUUCCGUUAUCUAAAGAAGAAGCAGGUGACUCCGGGAAGACCUCAGUCACUCCUGAGGCACAGGGAGAUGUUCCAGUGAAUCAGGCCAUCUCCAGUCACAGACCACUGAAAGACCUACGGUCUAGUGAGCCAUGCAAGUCUAGCACUAAUUCCUCCGUAGGAUAUCCCCUAAACGAACCUGCAAAAGUCCCUUACAACUCUGACUGUAACAACUCCCCAUCGUCUUCUCGCUCGUCUCCUUCUCAACCUUCGAUCUCCUCCCCAACCAAACCACCUGGCUCAGCCUCGCCCUCUAGUGGCUACUCGAGUCAGUGCGAGACUCCCACCCAGCAGACCGCUAUUACAACAGCAGCGUGCAGAAUGCGGCCCAAACCUUCCGGCGCUGUUCCUGGACAACAGGUCCGAAACUGUCGAUCAAGAUUGUCUCUGCAGUUACCUGAGACCCAAGCGGUCACCCCGAACCCUGACCCUUCUGCCGCCCUGCACAAAGUCAACCGCCGCUACUCUGACGCCUCGCACCAGAAGCAGAGAAUGAGUAACAGCAUGCUGAUAAUGCCUGUGGUGACUCAGGAAGACCUGAACAAGGUGCGCUUGCGUGCAGUCAGCAGCACGGACCUGGACUCCACAGCUGUCAUUGAGGAGGAGAAUGAGAGGGACGCAGGCUCUGCUGAUGCUCAGAACAGCCCAAAAAACAAACCCCCUGUAGCACCCAAGCCUCCCGUGUCUAAACGGCCUCCUUGUGCAACAGCAGCAGUGGUGACUAAUCCUGGCACGACGUCUGCUGCAGCUCCGAUAGUCGCCGGUGCCGAAUGCAGCAUUUAUUCUACGGUUAACAAAGUUAAACCCAGGGUUCUUCCGUCCUCAUCAAACGACAGUAGUGACCAUAAGCAGCAAUCUCAUAAGAGUCUGAGAGAGGCUCCUCGCUCAGAAUCACAGUGUAGUACUAAUUACACCAACGCCUUGUCCUUCAAAACUGCUAAUGACUCCAAACCCAGAGAACCACAGAAGAAGAGAAGAGCACCAGCUCCUCCGGUUUCAAAGAGACCCGAUACAGUGUACGUACCCUGCGCUAACACGUCUGUGCCGGAGAGACGUGUAGAGUCGCCUCCUAAUCAUUCCAAGGCCGAGAGUUCACAACGAGAAUACCACGUCACGGUGUACGGACUCAUUCCAUCUCAUUCACCAGUGGACGAAAAACUACCACCAAUUGCACCUGAAUACGAGUUUUAUGAUAAAGAGGACGAACAAGUGCCAGAAAUCGGCGGCCUUCAUUUGGUGAACGAAGAGGACGAGGUUUUUCUUCAAAAGGCUUCGUCUCACACAACAGAGGACCUUUUCACUAUCAUUCACAGGUCGAAAAGGAAAGUCCUGGGUCGCAAAGACUCUUUAGAUAAGCAGGGAGACUUUGGGACUCAAACUCUCACCGGUGCUUCCAAGUCCACUUACCAGAACGACAACUUCAUGGCUCUUCUGAGGAGGACGAGAAGCGCCAAGGCCAGCUGCGGGAGUCGCAUGUCAGCCGCGGAACUUCUGAAGAGCUCGAAACCUGCAGCUAGCGGCACCGCGGAGCUGACCGGCUACAAAAAACACAAUGUGAUGCAAUCUCACGGCCCGUGAACUGUCGCUGUCAUCGAUGCUGUUUUGGCUGAAUAUCACGUUGUCACGGUAUUGCUCGCUUAACGCUUGUGAACAAUAUGCUUUGUAUUAAAAAUAUUAAAAACACCUGCUGUUUGAAAUUUUCAGAAAUGUGACCGUUUGAAUAUUGUUCAACCUUUAAAACUUUGGUAACUAAAGAUUAAGAUUAAGUGUAAAAUGAGUAAAAUAUUUAUAUCCUGCAAAUUGCAAAUGUUAACAUAAAGAGCUGGCUUUAUAUUGUCUAAAUAUUACUUAUACUUUAUGUAAUAUUAUAAACUGUAUCUGUCUCUACUGCCUUGAGUGGAAUUUUGUGAAACAGCACACAGUAAUGCUGUAUAUUAUUGACUGUUUUCAGAACUUACCGUACUGUAGAUCUAUCAAAGUAUUAAAUUUAUAUCC